GACUUUUGUUUGUUGCCGUUGUGCCAGCGAAUGUUUAGUAAAUUUUGUCACACUCGAAGAGUCACCACGCGCGCACCCUCUCAUAAAAAAUGGCCCAAACAAACAGUGGGUCGAAUGUGGUUUCCACCACCACCACCAUCACACCCGAACCCUCCACCAAACCGUGUAGAUUAACUUUGCAAGAGAAAACUCCGGAGUUGCCAAAAAAUGUCGGUCACCUUCUAAAAGAGCCUGUCGAAAUUGAUUGUCCUGCCUGUCAAAGACACAACACAACUCGCGUUGAAAAAGAUGCGGUCACCUUUUGGCAAAAAUUGGCAGCUCUUAUUAACUGUUGCUGUUGUUGUUGUAAAGAUGUAAUCAAAUGGGAGGGACGUUACGAUUAUAACCAUUACUGCUCUCAAUGUGGUUGUUACAUUGGUCGUUAUAUUACUCCAACUUGGUCUCAACGCCGCAUGAUGCGCCAACAACACCUGAAAUUGGAGGUCGAAAAAUUCUGUGACGAAAUCGGUCAAGACAUUAAGGAACACUUCGAAUCGAAAGAUGAACUUCCACCAGUACAAAGUGCACCACCAUCUUCAUCAACCACGCCAGCCAUUGGCCAGAAGUGAGAGUGUAGGUGAAAUGCUGCCACAGAACAUCAACAAGUUUCUGAAAUUUAUUCUAAAGACAUGCCUUUCAUAAUUUGUUUAUAUUAUUUGUGUGUAUAGUAGAAGUCAGAGUGUUGAUUCAUUAAAGAUGACUGUUUUCCCCCUAUACAUCACCAGCACGAGUAUAA